UCUGUUCAUCUUCCCCUCUCUCUCACUAUCUCCUUUCUCUCUAACCCCAUUUCUCAGAUCCGUAGGAUCUUCGUGUGUUUUGAUUGAGGCUUAAAAACUCUAAAUAGAUAUUCUCUUAACAGAUCAGUAAUCCUCUAGUGUAAAAGAAAUCAUCUUUUUAUAAUCUUCAGGUUCAAUAGCCUUUUUUCUACAGCUUUGGAGACGAGCUCAGAUUCUGUGAUCUUCUGAUACAUAUUCUGGUUAGAUACGAGCUUUACUUGAGAAAAGAGUGAAGGGUUUUGGUUUUGAUUAGAUUAAAAAAAGUGAUCUUGUUGGGGUAGUUAAAGAGACUAAGCAUCUUGAUUUAAUCUCAAAAAAUGGAAACUCUCAUCUUAGCUGAAGAACAUAGCAACAACCAGUACUGUUAUGAGAAGAAACCUCCUUCCAAAACUUUCAGGCAAAUCAACUGCAGAACGUUUCACUCCGGAGUUGGUUUGCUUCCAAGGCCACCACCAAAGAGAACAACCUCUUCAUCAACAACCAAAGGAGUUCACUCUCCUCGCUCUCCCAAGUCAGUUUUGCCGUCUUUUGACUGCGUUAGAGCCAGUCCCAUUCCUAUUGGUGGCGAAAGGAGAAGCCUUUCUUACUCUGAGCUGUGGGCAGGACCCACUUACUCCAACUCUCCCCCGCCCACUUCUGUUCCCAUCCCCAAGUUCUCUCUCCGGCGAAAGAGGACGGUCUCUCUGACCUUCCCUGAUGUUGAUCUUCCUGAAGUUGCCAAGUCUGCUCCGGUCUCUCCAACCUCGUCUGGUGACAACAACAACCCUUUUCACAGUACUGUCUCUGCUACUAUGACACUGCGUCGCAUGCUCAAUAUUGAGUUUGCAGAUGAGUGAAGAGCAGGGAGACUUUAGGGGGGGAACAGGGGGUUUAGGGUUUUAGUUUUGUGGAUAGAUAAAUAAGGUGGUUAGUCACCAAGGUGGUUUGAGUUUGUUUAAUAGCUUUUAAUGGAACACAGAAGCAGUUAGUGGUUCUCCUAUGCAGAUUUGAGGUGUUACUAAUGGUGGAGCAGGUGGUUAUAGAGAAGACUUGAUUCUUGGUUUAGCAUAUAGGAUGGCUAAAAAGUUUACCAGUCUCUAACAUGUGGUGGUGCACUUUGUAUAGUUUCUCUUUUAGAGUCAGUCUUUGUUCCUUUGGCUUCUUUUCUUAAGUGGGUUAGAUUAGCGACUAGGUUCAUGUUCUUAUAUCUCUCCCUCCUUGUCCAUAUCUUUUCUUUUAACCCUUUGUCUACUACUUUCAUGCCUUUGAGUCUUGUCUUCCUCUCUUUUGCGUUUCUGUCCAGCCUUAAAGAUGUAAACCCUUACUACUUGUGUUUAGUGGUCUUCCUCUUCAGCUCUUUUUCCUGAUUUUUUUGUAAAGGAAGAAGGGAGUAGGAAGUUCUCUCUUUAGAGUGUCUCUACUGGUAAAGAUUCAAUCCUGAUGAAAGCUGAUACUUGUUCUGAAGAAAAGACAUUCCUCAGGUUCUUCUUGAUCCCGCCUAAUCUGCUCACCAUGGACCUAUAGAAGCUGCUGCUCCGUUCUGCUUUUGAUGCUUCAUUGUAGUUUCUUUGUCUCUACUAUCUUUGGUUAUGUUGUUUUGUUGCGCAGUGGCAAGUAUUGUCUCUGUAUGUAUGUUUCUCGUCGUCUUUGUCUGUAGUUUGUGACAGUGUUGUUGACGUUUUGCUAUCUUGUUUUGGGUUUUAA